AGAUAGUCGUUCUCCUUCGAAGUUCUGCACUUGGGUUUCCAUAAUAUCACGUGCCCAUACUGAUAUUACAACUCUUCCUAACUCCCAUCUGCAGAGUAGACUGCCCGUCCUCUGCUCGCCGACAAGCUGUUAAUUAACAUAAAUCUGUUCACGACAUCAUGUCUGCGCCAGAAGUGUACCAAAUCGCUAAAAUUCCAGUUACGUGCCACGCAUUCAACGCGGACCGCAGUCAGGUUGCUGUGAGCUUGAACGACAAUAAUGUCCAGAUCUACGCAAAGCAGGGCAAGGAGUGGAUUCUAUCUGAGACGCUCUCCGAGCACGAUAAACUGAUCACGUCUAUUGAUUGGGCCCCGAACUCCAACCGCAUCGUCACCGCCUCGCAAGACCGUAAUGCAUACGUCUGGUCCCUCUCUCCCGAUCCGCUCACUGGAAAUCUGGUGUGGAAGCCUACCUUGGUACUUCUUCGCAUCAACAGGGCGGCUACCUUCGUUCGCUGGAGCCCCAACGAGGAUAAAUUUGCAGUUGCCAGUGGUGCAAGGGCGAUUGCCAUUUGCUCAUUUGAUCCGGAGAACAAUUGGUGGGUGGCAAGGCAGCUCAAGAAACCAAUCAGAUCGACCGUCCUUUCUGUCGACUGGCAUCCGAACAAUGUCUUACUGGCAGCGGGGAGCGCCGAUAUGAAGGCACGGGUGUUCUCGGCUUAUAUCAAAGAUGUAGACAAGAGGCCAUCGCCUACCAUUUGGGGCGAGAAGCUUCCCUUCAACACUAUUUGCGGAGAAUACACCAGCCCCGCAGGCGGAUGGGUUCAUGCAGUUGGCUUCUCUCCUUCUGGCGAUAUCCUCGCUUUUGCUAGUCAUGAUAGUUCUAUCAAUAUCGUUUACCCUGGUGGUCCCAUGGUUUACAAUAUUCGCAUCAGCUCUUUGCCGUACGUGACUUUAGCCUGGACUUCCGAAGAUGCUCUGGUUGCGGCUGGCCAUGAUUGUCAGCCUGUCGUUUUCUCUGGCUCGGAGCAGGGCUGGGCCCUUGUCGGCACUUUGGAUGACACCACCGCUUCCAGUGCAUCAAAGGCUCCUGGUGCAAGGACUGGGACUGUUGGGAGGUUGAACAGUGCAGCAUUCAACACGUUUAGGAACGCGGAUACGCGUGGACAGACUGGCGGAGCAGACACUGCUGCUGACACAGAAGUGCUCACUGUGCAUCAAAACACAAUCACGAGCGUUAGGCCGUACGCGUAUAGCGGCGAGGGAAUUGUUAGCAGCGUGAGUACUACUGGCGUGGAUGGAAAGCUUGUCAUCUGGGAUGUUAAUGCUGUGUCGGCUCUUACUGGGAAGAUGGGCGGGUUGCGGGUUUGAGGCCAUAGUACAUUGUUGUACAAUUAAUUGUACGGUGAAUAAUGCAGUUCGUAAGUGUGUGGUAUAGGUU